AUGUAUGUGGUGUCGAAAGUUGAAUGCAUAGCAGCCCUGGGUAUGGAAAGUGGUGAAAUUCUUGACGGACAAAUCAGUGCCUCUUCAAAACACAGCGACUCUCUCGCCCCCAUUCACAGCAGACUACAUUGGGGGCCAGGGAACCGUGGAGCUUGGGCCGCUAGCACAAAUGAUGUCAAGCAAUGGCUUCAGAUUGAUCUGGGCAGUCAGUUCUUCAAUGUGAACGGUGUUGCAACACAAGGCAGACACAACGCGAACCAGUGGGUUAAGAAAUACAAACUGCAGUACAGUGACAACGGCCUCAAUUUUAAUUUCUAUAGAGAGGAAGGUAGCGGCACAGACAAGCUCUUUACGGGAAACACUGACGAGAACUACGUUGUAUCACAUGACUUAAAUCCAUCCAUCAGAGCACGCUUUGUUCGAUUUCGACCAAGAGAGUGGCAUGGACACAUAUCAAUGAGAGCAGAACUCUACGGCUGUCAAGCAUGUCGAGAUGAUCAUGGUAUGGAAAGUGGUGUAAUAACUAAUGGUCAGAUCAGUGCUUCUACUGAAUAUGAUGCGAUUCAUUCUGCUGCACAAGGUAGAUUAAAUUUUCAACGCCACAACAACUUACAAGGAGCUUGGUCAGCUCACUUUAACGAUGGUAAUCAGUGGUUACAGGUUGAUCUGGGUACUGUUUAUAAUGCGGUAACUCGUGUGGCAACACAGGGAAGACAUGACGCGAAUCAGUGGGUAACUGAGUACAAAAUUCAGUAUAGCAACGACGGCGUGAACAUCAAAUAUUACAUGGAACACGGGCAAAUUAUUCACAAGGUAUUUACUGGAAACACAGACCGCGAUACAAUUGUGUUACUUGAUCUAGAUCCACCAAUCAGGGCUCGUUACAUCCGAUUUCAUUCUGUUACCUGGUAUUCUCACAUAUCCAUGAGAGUGGAACUUUAUGGCUGUCAAGAGUGCCAAGAAUCAUUAGGAGUGGAGACUAACGAAAUUCCUGACGGUCAGCUCAAAGCUUCGUCUAUGCUGAAUGGCAAUCUAGCUCCUAAAUUUGGAAGACUUCACCUGGAAAAAGAGUUGCCUCAUCGGGAAGGUUCUUGGGCCGCAUUACACAAUGACACCGACCAAUGGCUUCAGGUUGAUGUGGGCACAUACUAUGUUAAAGUAACACGUGUGGCAACACAAGGACGAAAUGGCAGCGAGGAGUGGGUGACUCAAUACAGGCUGCAGUACGGUGAUGAUGCAGUAAGCUUGCACCACUACAAGGAAUACAAUCAAGACAUUAACAAGGUUUUCGAAGGAAACACAGACGCAGACAGCGUUGUAUCACAUGACCUAGUUCCACCAAUAAGAGCUCGUUAUGUCCGUUUUCUGCCAGGAGCUUGGCAUGAUCAUAUAUCAAUGAGAGUGGAUCUAUAUGGAUGCCAAGAAUGUCAAAAAGCUCUUGGAAUGGAGAAUGGCGCGAUCCCCGACGAAAAAAUAACGGCUUCUACAUAUUAUGCAGAGGGGUCUCGCCCAAGUCGGGCACGACUUUACAUUGAAAACGACCAGGAGGCAGGAGGUUGGGUAGCAAAAGUUAACGAUGCCAAUCAGUGGCUCCAGAUUGAUCUUGGCAGUCAAUACCGAAUAACACGUGUAGCUACUCAAGGUCGUUAUAGAGAUAAACAUUACAGCUGGGUAGAAAAGUAUAAGCUACGAUACGGGAGAGAGGGAGAAUACUUCAAAUACUAUAAGGAAGAAGGCCAAGCUACUGAGAAGGUAUUUGAAGCAAACAAAGACAAGAACACUGUUGUCUUUCACGAGCUAUACCCAGGAAUCACCGCACGUUACGUACGUUUUUACCCAAAACAAUAUUACAAUGAGAUCUCAAUGAGAGCAGAGCUUUACGGAUGUCCAGGUACUGUAUCUAUCAGGGACUGA